AUGCCGUCCUUUUUUCGCAAGCGCGGCGAGCCCGAGGAGAUCACGCCGUACCCCGCCCUGGAAGACGAUGCCGAGGCCACCGGUAUUGAGCCUUUGAAGGCUCUGGCUCAGUUCGAGAAGGCGCACAAGCUCGACCCGAAUAUGCCAAUUGACGAGCUCAACGAUGUCGAUACAGCACUCGCCACGGGAAACGCCGAGAAGGGACUCGAGAUCGAACAGGCUCUUAUGGAGGACAACUCGCCCUAUCCCGAGGUCCGCGCAGUGGUAAGGAAUUAUGAUGUCGAUUUGCCUGCCAACACGAUCCGCGCCUGGGUCAUUGGCUUGUUGCUCUGCACUGUCGGCUCCGGUGUCAACAUGCUGUUUUCGCUUCGAAACCCCAGCGUCACAAUCACGACCUACGUCGUCCAGCUUAUUGCGUACCCCAUCGGCAAGGGCUGGGAUUUGGUUAUGCCCGAUAAGGAACAAAAUGUCUUCGGCAUCAAGUUCAACCUCAGGCCUGGAAAGUUCAACUACAAGGAGCACGUCAUCAUUGUUGCCAUGUCUAAUGCUGCGUAUGGAGGCGGUGUCUUGUACGCGACGGAUGUCCUGCUUGCCCAGCAACUCUUCUACAAGCAGCACUUUGGUUGGGCCUUCCAGCUGCUUUUUGGCGUCACCACACUCUGCACUGGUUAUGGCCUCGCUGGCUUGGCCCGACGCUUCCUUGUUUGGCCUGCGGCCAUGAUUUGGCCCUCAAACUUGGUCAACUGCGCGCUGUUCUACACGCUUCACGAUCACUCUGGAUCCGACCCCUCAAAGACAAAUGGUUGGAAGAUCGGCCGCUACCGCUGGUUCCUCAUUGUUGGUAGCGGUGCUUUCAUCUGGUACUGGUUCCCCGGUUGGAUCUUCCAGGGUCUCUCGUACUUUACGUGGAUUUGCUGGAUUGCGCCCGAGAAUGUGAUUGUCAACAAGGUUUUUGGUGGUUUGUCGGGCUAUGGUCUGAUGCCCAUCUCCUUCGAUUGGACGGUCAUCUCAGGCUACUUGACCUCGCCUCUGAUUCCGCCAUUCCACGCCAUUGCCAACGUCAUUGCCGGUAUCAUCAUCUUUUUCGUCAUCAUUUCCUCCGGCAUUCACUUUUCUGGCACAUGGUACGCCGACUACUUCCCGGUCCAGAGCUCCGAGUCCUUCGACAACACAGGUGCCGUCUACAAUGUGUCUCGAAUUCUCGACGCCAACUUCCAGUUCAACGAGACUGCAUACAACGCUUACUCGCCGCUCUACCUGCCUACCCAAUUCGCUCUCGCGUACGCCUUGUCCUUCGCUGCCGUAGCUGCAGUCGUUGUUCACGUUGUGCUUUACCACGGCACAGAGAUCUGGAGUCAGUUCAAGUUGGCCCGUCACCAGGAGGAUGACGUGCACAUGCGCUUGAUGAAGAAGUAUCGCGACGCUGAGGACUGGUGGUACCUUGCUCUCUUCGUUGUCAUGGUCGCCAUGUCAUUCGGCGUCGUCGCAGGCUGGCCCACAGGCUUCCCUGCUUGGGCAUACGUUGUCUGCAUUCUAAUCCCCGUUUUCUGGCUUAUCCCCAUCGGUAUUGUGCAGGCCAUCACGAACAUCCAGCUUGGUCUUAAUGUUCUUACCGAAUUCAUCAUUGGUUACAUGGUGCCCGGCCGCCCUCUCGCCAUGAUGAUGUUCAAGAACUACGGCUACAUUUGCAUGUCGCAGGCGCUUUACUUUGCGCAGGAUCUCAAGCUCGGCCACUACAUGAAGGUGCCUCCUCGCACCAUGUUUGCGUCUCAGCUCAUCGCCUCGCUGUGGUCUGCUGUGGUCCAGAUCGCUGUAAUGAACUGGGCCCUAGGCGCCAUUCCCGAUGUUUGCCAGCCCGACCAGCCCAGCAACUACACCUGCCCCGGUGGUCGCGUCUUCUUUACGGCUUCGAUUAUCUGGGGUGCCAUUGGACCUGCUCGAAUCUUCUCCGGCAAUGCUCUUUACUCGUCCCUCCAGUGGUUUUGGCUCGUCGGCGCCAUCACCCCUGUCAUCACCUGGUUCCUUGCCCGCAAGUGGCCCAAGAGCAUUUGGCGCUACGUCAACACGCCCCUUCUGUACGGUGGCUCUGGUUGGUUGCCGCCCGCCAGUGUCUACAUCUACCUCUGCUGGGCCACCGUCGGCACAAUCUUCAACUUCUUCAUCAAGCGCAGAUACACGGGCUGGUGGCUUCAGUACAACUACAUCACUUCGGCAGCCUUAGACUGUGGCCUUAUCGUGGCAACGCUGAUCAUCUUCUUCACGCUGUACCUAACAUCUGCGAGGCCGCCUCAGUGGUGGGGCAACGUUCAGGUCUUCGAGACAAUGGACUGGAGAGGCGAUGCCAUCAAAACACACGUCUCAGGCAGUGAGAAGAUUGGGUCCAGCACCUGGCCUUGA